AUGUUUGGGGAAAAUGAAACUUUGGUUACUGUUUUCUACUUUGAGGGACUAACAGACAACCGAAGGCUGGAGAUUGCCCUCUUUGUUAUCUUCUUGGUAGUCUACACCUUCACCGUGUUAGGGAACGGAGGGCUUAUUUUUCUUAUAGUUAAUGAACCCGUUCUGCACACUCCCAUGUACUUCUUCUUGAAACAUCUUUCAUUCGUAGACAUUUGUUACUCGUCUGUCAUUAUUCCGAGAACCAUGUCUGAUUUUCUCUCCGCUGAAAAAGCCAUCUCCUUUGUGGCUUGUGCCUUCCAAAUGUAUUUCUUUGCUGCCUUUGCUAACGUUGAGUGCCUCUUACUGGCUAUAAUGGCAUACGACCGCUAUGCGGCCAUAUGUAAACCACUACUUUAUUACAUCAUAAUGAGAAGAGAGGUGUGUAUAUCAUUGACUGCUAUGUGCUAUGCCUGUGGUUUCUUCGAUUCUAUGAUCCAUGCAGGAAACACCUUCACUCAGAUCUACUGUAAAUCUAAUCGGAUAUCCCAUUACCUUUGUGAACCACCCCCUGUCCUAAAGCUGUCUUGUUCUGAUACAUCGCAUACAGAACUUGUGAUUUUUGCCAUUGUUGGAAUAAAUUUUUCUGCUUCAGUGAUACUUGUUGUCAUAUCCUACAUGUGCAUAUUCUUCAAUAUACUGGAUAUCAAAUCUGCUCAAGGACGUCGAAAAGCUUUCGGAACAUGCUCUUCUCACCUGUUUUCCAUUGGGAUUUUAUUUGGGACCCUGCUCUACAUGUACAUGCGCCCAAACUCAAGUUACUUAAGGUAUCAGGACAAGGUGGUGUCUGUCUUUUACACCGUCGUAAUACCAAUGCUUAAUCCAAUCAUAUAUAGUAUGAGGAAUAAGGAUGUACUGUUAGCCUUUCUAAAAGUUGGUAAAUUGACAUGUCGUAAAAACUAUAGUUAA